GAAGGUCCGUGCUUAUGUUUUAAACCCGAAAAUAUGGAUCGAUUGCUUUUUAAUUUGUUUGGUCUUAUUGUGCUAUCAGUAUGUUGGACAAACACGGCAGAUGGUCAAAGUUCGGGCCAUCUAGCGAUCAGCACAGUAAUGGAAGGUCCUUCCACCACAGGCAACAAACACGUUGCCAUAGCAUCCUUCCAAACUUUCCAUGAUAGAACAAAUGUCUCACUUGGAUACGAAAUCGGCUUUCCUUCGUCCAUGAGUCAUUCAAUCUUGAGUCUUGACGUCGACGUCAACAGGAAGAAGCUGUAUGUUUCUGACCGAUAUACGGCUGCCAUUUACAUGAUGAGUAACUUUACGGCUGAUCAGGUGCCUGGUAAUUUUUCUUGGAACCAACUUCAUGCCGGUAAUUCAAGGGGAUUUGUAAAGUUGGCUGUUGACUGGAUUUCCAACAACUUAUACUGGACCGAUCCCAUGUAUCGCUGGAUUGCUGUACAGUCGCUUGACAAUGAUGAAAUGUUCAAAAUAUUAUUCUAUUCUGACCUUGAGUAUCCUUUAGGAAUCGCUGUAGACCCAAUUCACAACUAUUUGUUCUGGAGCGAUGCAGGAUCAACUCCUAAAAUUGAGCGAUCAACACUGACCGGAACUGACCGUAAAGUUAUCGUCUCUACCGGAAUCCUGUAUCCAACGGCAAUCGACGUCGACGUUGCUAACUCUAAACUAUAUUGGACGGACGCGAGCCGGGAUACAGUUGAGAUGACAAGCUUCACCGGCUCAGGCAGAAAAACUGUCAGGAGAUUAUCUGGUUCAUAUUUCUACGAUAUUGCACUUUUUCGGGACACUAUAUUUGUCACGGCAUUUAUCUCAGAUGGGAAGAACCAGGUAAUAAUUAUGAACAAAAUUUACCUGCCAUACCUUGGCGUUAGUCUAGAAGUCAUAGCGUUGUCAGUGGUGUCGCAGGAAAAACAGCCUUUGAUCACAGACUACUGCGCGAGUAAUCCUUGCAGUGAUAUCUGUGUGAGCGGCACAGCUGGGCACGUCUGUCUAUGUCGAGAGGGCUUCAUGCUUCAAGAUAGCAUCUGUGUCGAAGACACGGGCCCCUUUCACAGAGCGCUCGUAUGGUCAACCACGACGGCCAUUUGUGUGGCGGAUAUAAGAGGCAUCAAUGAUAUAAGAGGUACCGGCGACCAAGAUCGCUACCUAGGGACCAACAAGACGUGUAAAUACGACGUUGGAACAGCCAUCUCUUAUGUCGUUGUUGAUUCACAUGGCCGUAAAGUAAUUUACGCAGACAAGAACAGUGUAAAGGCAAUUGACGUUGACGACAUGAGUAUUAUACGGACGCUUUUUACUGCCACAGACACAAUCACAGGUCUUGCUGUCGAUUGGAGAGACGGGAACGUAUAUUGGUGCCAAGGAAAGUUAUAUGGGCAGAUUUGGGUCUUCUCACAAACAGAAAGCACUUCAUAUAAACUGGUCGAAAAUCUUGACAAUGUGAACUCAAUAACCAUUGUUGGGCUUGAAAGCGCCUUGUUGUGGAUAGCUGGCGGAGGCCAUGACAGCCAAAUCUUCAAGUCGCAGCUUGACGGCACCGAUAUACAAGUUUUAGUCGACAGUAACAAUCUUACGUCACCAAUGGAUCUUACAGUUGAUCUCAAUACAAACUUGGUAUAUUUUAUCAAUGACGACUUAAUAGAAACCGUUCGGCUGGACGGGACCGAUCAUAAAGUCCUGUCAACACGCAGUAUCAGGUUCUCUACUCCUUCGCCGUCGCGAAUACAAACGUAUAAGAAUUACCUGUUCAUGGUUGAUACAAAUUUCUACACAAAUGAGCGGGAAAUUGACGUUAUAGACUUGCUCGACGUGUCGAUGGAAGGAACACUUUCGACUCUAAUCAAUGUUACUGACAUUGCUAUACUGGAUAUCACGACGGAGAUUGAACUUUAUGGACCAUGCGAUGUAGCAAACGGUGAUUGUGAACACAUAUGCAUUCCGAUCGGGAGGAAUCGCGUUUGUCAGUGUGAAUACGGCUUUACCCUGGAGGCAAACAAAGAAACAUGCUCCUCGGAGCCUCUUAUGAACGACUUCAUACUCGUUGUGGAUUGGACACACAACAAAAUAUACCAGGUAUCGCUGUUGAAUAGCGAGGUCCGAGGAUUCGACUCUGAUAUGAUACAGAACACUGACGGACUAGAGUACAACCAUUUUACCCGAAAGGUCAUCUGGGGAGAUACAGGCGACUAUCUCUUGCAACAAGCCAACCUCGAUGGUACCGAUUAUGAAGUUUUGGUCGAUGUCGGAAUGUAUAACGCACGUCCCGACAGAAUGGCGAUUGACUACAGCACAGGGAACAUCUUUUACACAGCUGUUAGGACAGACGACCUUGGGUUUUCGGGGAUAGCCGUUGUAACGCCAGAUGGAGUACACAAGAAAAUUGUCGAGUAUGGACAAAAACCACGGGCCAUAGCGCUGGACCCUGAACAGGGUAUAAUGUUCUGGACUGACCACGGGACGACACCUGCUGUCCUGAUGCGAGCUAACAUGGACGGGUCGGAUAUGGCCAUUGUAUACGACAAGAUUGUGUGGCCAAACGGCGUUGCAAUCAGCAGAAAAGUCAACACCGUCUUUGUAACGGACGGGCAUGCUAGUUCAAACCGGAUAUACGCCUGCACGUUCAAUGGUUUGUGUUCCAUGUUUCAUGAGGAUCCGGGGGCGCACCUCAUGGAUAUAAAGCUGUUGGACGACUUCCUGUUUUACUCCGCUUGGAAUAAAGUGUACAUUACACGACUAGAUAUCCACACUAAGGAGGUGGUAAAGUUUGCUGAGAACGCCGAACUUGGCAGAUUGGAUGCCAUCGCCGUGUACAGCUCAACUUUGUCUGUACCAGUGUCCAGUAACUGCAGCCCGAACAACGGCAGGGCUAAUUGCAGCACAUUUUGUCUUCCCAAAUUUGAUGGAUAUACGUGCGCAUGCGCAAAUGGUGUGUCCUUAUUAUCAGAUGGGAAGACAUGCUCGGAUGUUUCAAUUACAACUACAGAAACUACCACACCAAUAACGUCUACAACAAACAAGAUUACAGCAACGAAAAGCACAACAACUGUCCAAUCAAAGUUAACAACACGUACUGCUUCUACAGCAAGGACAACAACUAGUUCACUUUCACGGUUUAGUACAAGCUGGCAGGAAUCGCCGACUGACGUUUUCAAGGGCGCUACCAUGCUUCCGUAUAUUGGCGUUGGUGCUGGAGGUGCUCUUGUGCUCAUCGUCGCCAUCGUCAUCGUCUGUGCCAUCUGCUUUGUGCGGAAAAGAAAGAGAGCUGAUGACCGUACCCGUUACCUGAAUGACACUGAGGGAUUUGAUAACACCGCCGUCUUUGAAGGUGACAGCGUCAACAUUCGCGGGUUGAAGAGACAUCAGUACGAACCUUCACAAUCUGCUUCGGACAUUAGCGAAGAAACAAACCAGGAAUAUAGUGUGAUACACAAUGACGACUACCUUCACUUCCCCCAAAGAGACAGCAUGUACGAUGUGAUACCUGCCGACAUCACCCAAAUCCCUCCGUAUGAGGCCAGCAGGAUGGAUCACACGCAAACGCUGCCUGAAACCCACUUUCACACAUUGCCGAGCACCGCGGAGGUUAGCGCCCUGCCGUACCUUUCAAACCUGCCAGCGGCGGGGACUAUGCAUGCCAACUCGCUAACGAAAUCGGGAGAUAGCUUUGUCGGCUCGGACAGCAGUGAGGACCCGAGCAAGUGCCCAUACAUAACGGGCCGAGAACCAGAAGAAACCUGUGAAGCCGCGGAUAGUCAGAUAAAACAAUUCCUGUGA